AGUGAAGAUCAUUCCAGUCUUCAGCUGCACACGCUCGGCAGAGGACGGAACCCACUAGACAACUCUACCAAAAGUUUAACACAAACAAAUUUUCUGAAGAAUACAUUUGAUAGUUUUUCAUGAACUAUCGCCCAGAAUUCCCAAAAUUCUGAGCAAAUAAUCUUAUCAGUAGCUUAAACAGCAACUGUGUCUGAGGAGCACAAGUAGCCAGACACCACGAGCGAGAAAAAACCACCAUGAAGUCCGCGUAUUUACUAAUGUUUCUCUGCGUCUUCCUGGUGAAGGCACAGAACAAUCCUGAGGACCCAGCGGUAGCAGAAGCACCGGCCGAGGGAUCUCCCAUUGACUCGAGAUACCAUCAAGGAUGUUCACUACGGGACAGAUGCCGAGACGCCAGAGGCUCCUGCAAGAGGACGUGUGACAGGAACUCAGAGGAUGAAAUAACAGGAGGGUGUGAUGGAAGGGAUUGCAAGUGUUGUGCUCCUACUCCUACUCAGAGGAAGUGCAGGAGCUCUAAGGAGUGCAGGCGAGCUGGAGGAAGAUGUCAGACAACUCAGUGCGGCUCACACGAGCGGGAGAUCCGUCACGGGUGUAGCAGUACCGAUUCUCACCGCUGGUUAAUCGACGUAGCGGCCAGCGGCAGCAUAGGCAUUGGCGGCGGUAUUGGUGCAGGCGUUGGCGGUGCUAGUGGGGGUACAGGUGGUACCAGUGGAGGCAGCGGCGGCAGCAGCAGCGGUACCGGCGGCGGCAGCAGCAGCGGUUCCGGCGGCAGCAGCAGCGGUUCCGGCAGCAGCAGCGGCGGUUCCGGCAGCAGCAGCGGCGGUUCCGGCAGCAGCAGCGGCGGUUCCGGCAGCAGCAGCAGCGGUUCCAGCAGCAGCAGCAAGAGAGUGUGUUACUGCUGUGCUCCUCGAGGCGGGAACCACUACGAUAUUAGGGAGGGAGAGAACGACGUCGGGGCUGCUGGAGCUGAAGAAGACGCACCCCAAGGAGCAGACGAAGUGGUUGAAGGAGGUGAAGAGGAAGAAUUGAAUGUAGAGGAAGAAGGAGAAGAAGAAGAGGUAGAAGCAGAGGAGGAGGAAGAGCAACAGUAGGAUCUUUAGCAAUUACAACCACACACACUUUAUAAAUUGGGUUAAACACUCUUGGGUCUCACCGGUAACUGGAUAGGGAGACACGUGGAUAAAUGCCUCACUUGUAACUAGUAUGUUCAUAAACUAGUUACAUGAUUAAUUGGUUUUUCAGAUUGUAUCAUAUACUAUUAUGAUUGUAAACAAUUACUUAAGCGGGGGGGAUUUGAUUUAAAGCUUUGUGGAUAUCCUAUUUUUCCUCUGUUUAGUAUGAAGGUACUCUGGGUACUUUGAUAAAUUUGUGCAAAUAAUAAAAUAUAGGUAUAAAUUA